AUGCUUGAAGAUAACUUGAUCACCCUCGAGAGCGUGUAUGGUUUGGCGGACCAUAUUCUCGCUAGCAUUCCCUCCCAGCAGCUACAGCUCUCUGAUUCUCCCUCACUCGCAGCAACCAUGACCCAAACCUUGGCGAGUCCUGCCCAUUUAAAGAAUCAAGAGUUGAUCAACCUGGUGCUAUCAAUGAACAAUGCCCUCAAAUUUAAGGACCAAGUGAGGGAAGAACAGCAGGCUGACUUUCACACAACACUGGAGAAGUUUCAACAUGAUCAGCUGUGGAGGGAGGAGGAUGUGAAACAAGAUUUCCAGCAACAAGAGGACAGACUGUGGAUUAAGGACCUGGAGGAUAGCCAACAACAGAACAACUCACGGAUUAAGGACCUGGAGGGAUCACUUCUUGAGGAGAAGAAGAUCUGGGUGGAGGAGAGGGAAGCUAGGGAGAAGGAGAAGACAUCCAUGCUAAUGAGGAUCCAGGAGAUUGAAGAUGAGCACAUUGAAACCACUUGGUGGGUCAGCAGUGCAGAUACCAAACUCUUGGAUCGUGUUUUACUCCACCACUUACUCAAUCUCGCACAAGUGAAGCUAGCCACCAUGUCUGGACUUCCCAAGUGCGAGAAUGCCUUUUGUAUCAUGCAGUCAUUCCUCUGGAGGGAGGCACUGGCUUCCUCCCAGACAACCGCUGAGUGCUUGCAAACCACCCAUACACUGUUGAAUGUACCAGGGACAUCCCUUGAUGCUGCCACAAAAGAUUCAUCUCAUCCACCACCGGGAUGA